GGGGCCUCGCGGCUGCUGGUGCUCACGCUCCUGCUGGGGGCGCAGCCAGGUGCCAAGGCUGAGGUGCGCCUGUCUGUGCCCCCCCUGGUGGAGGUGAUGAGGGGAGAUCCUGUCACUCUGGACUGCACCCCCUCGGGGACUUAUGACUAUUUCAUGCUGGAAUGGUUCCUGGCCGACCGCUCUGGGAUCCGCCACCGCCUGGCCUCUGCCGAGCUGCAGGGCUCUAAGCUCCAGGACAAGGUGCAUGAUUCCCGGGGCCGCAGCCCUCCGUACCAGCUGGACUCCCGGGGGCGCCUGGUGCUGGCCGAGGCCCAGGUGGGCGACGAGCGGGACUACGUGUGCGUGGUGAGGGCGGGGGCAGCGGGCACUGCCGAGGCCACCGCGCGGCUCAUUGUGUUUGCAAAACCAGAGGACACCGAGGUUACCCCCAACAAAGGGAUAUUGUCUGUGAUGGAGGACACUGCCCAAGAGAUUGCCACCUGCAACAGUCGCAACGGGAACCCAGCCCCCCAGAUCAUGUGGUAUCGGAACGGGCAGCGCCUGGAAGUGCCCAUGGAGAUGAACUCCGAGGGCUACAUGACCAGCCGCACAGUCCGGGAGGCCUCGGGCCUGCAGUCCCUCACCAGCACCCUCUACCUGCGCCUCCGCAAGGCCGACCGGGAUGCCAGCUUCCACUGCUCCGCGCACUACCGCCUGCCCACAGGCCAGCACGGCCGCCUGGACAGCCCGGCCUUCCACCUGACCCUGCACUAUCCCACGGAGCACGUACAGUUCUGGGUGGGCAGCCCGUCCACAACAGCGGGCUGGGUACGUGAGGGUGACUCUGUCCAGCUGUUCUGCCAGGGGGACGGCAGCCCCAGCCCAGAGUACACGUUUUUCCACCUUCAGGACAAGCAGGAGGUUGUGCUGAAAACAAAUCUGGAGGGGAACUUGACCCUGGCGGGGGUACAGCGGAGCCAGAGUGGGACCUACGGCUGCAGGGUGGAGGACUACGACGCUGCUGAGGACGCAGAGCUCUCCAAAACCCGGGAGCUGCACGUGGCCUACCUGGACCCACUGGAGCUCAGCAUUGGAGAAGAGCUUUCCCUGCCUCUGGGCAACAGCACAGCCGUGAAUUGCUCCGUGCAAGGCCUGCCCACCCCAACCCUGCGCUGGACCAAGGACUCGGCACCCCUGGGGAAUGACCCCACACUCUCCCUCCGCUCCAUCACCUUUGAUUCCGCUGGCACCUACGUAUGCGAGGCCUUCAUGCCCACUGUCCCCCUUCUUAGUCGCACCCGGAGCUUCAAGUUGCUGGUCCAAGGGCCACCAGAGUUAAGGGCAGAGGAGACAAAGCCUAAAGCAGAGGGCAGCUGGAUGGAAGGAGACGAAGUCAGGCUGACCUGCUAUGCCCGCGGCUACCCAGAGCCCAAACUCAGCUGGAGCCAACUGGGCGGCAGCCCAGCAGAGCCGGCCCCCGGAGAGCAGGGCUGGGUGAGCAGCUCCCUGACCCUGAAGGUGACCAGUGCCCUGAGCCGAGAUGGUGUCUCCUGUGCGGCCUCCAACCCCCACGGGCACGACCAGCACGUCUUCCACUUCGGCACUGUGGCCCCCCAGACCUCCCAGGCCGGAGUGGCAGUCAUGGCCGUGGCCGUCAGCGUGGGCCUCCUGCUCAUCGUCGUUGCUGCCUUCUACUGCAUGAGACGCAAGGGCCACCCCGGCUGCUGCCGGCGCGGGGAGAAGGGGUCUCCGCCACCCAGGGAACCAGAGCUGAGCCACUCAGGGUCAGAGCGGCCAGAGCAGACGGGCCUUCUCAUGGGAGGUGCCUCUGGAGGAGCCCGGCGUGGGAGCGGUGGCUUCGGAGAUGAGUGCUGAGCCUGAGGACUGCCCAGAAGCAGCCAUGAACCUGAUGUGGGGUUGAGGGGAUCAGAAAACCAGCCCUGCUCCCGCCUCCGCCUGCCCCUGCCUUCCCGGCCUUCCCUUUUCCCUCUCAGACCCUCCCUUCCUUCCUCUGUAAGCUGGGCAGGGACCACAGCAGCCUGCUGCUGUUGGGAGGGAGGGAACCUUCCUCUAGGGAGUGUGACUCUCCCAGGCCCCAGAAUAGCUCCUGGACCCAAGCCCAGGGCCUGGCCUGGGACGAGCCUCUGAGGGUCGGCUGGCCGGGGCUAUUUUUACCUCCUGCCUCCAUUGCUGGUCCCCCCACCUGACGUCCUGCUGCAUAGUCUGACACUGGAUCCCCGCCCCUGCCCCCGCCCCAUUAUCUGUGGACACUGGAGUCUGGAAUAAAUGCUGUCUGUCACGUGGACCCCAUCCUGUGGCCAGAGCCUCCUCUGGGGGAUGAGAGGGGAAAGGGAUGCAGGUGAUGCGUCCCUCCCCGCUGGCCCUCCAGCCUCCUUGCUGGACCUCAGGAGAAAUCUGAUGUCAUGGAGCAAGAAAUGAGAGAGAGGAAGAAAACACAGGGUGACUCAGCUGGAUGAGGGUGGAGGAGAGAGAUGCUGGGGGUCCAGAGGGAGCUGAUCCUGGAUCCUGAGGACCAGUGCCUGCUUGGGGGUGGGGUGCCGUCCCUGUAAGUAAAAGUUCCCAGUCUCUCUUGCCAGAGACCCAGAGGUAACUGAAGCUUCCAGAGGAAAAACUCUCUCUGAGCUGUAGAGUGGAUGGAAUUAGGAAUUUAGCUGCCUCUUCUGGGGCCAGCCUAGUGCCUGCAAUUGAGGAUUCCCUAGGGGAGGAGGGGUGGCUUGGAGGAACCCCAAUGAAGGUGCCUGGGGCAGAGAGAAGAGAGGUAGAAACAGUGAGGCCAGCUAGAGAGAUUUAUGGAGGCCAAGGAAGAAGGAUUUGACAGGAUGGUGAGGUUUAGGGGGAGGCAGGAGAGAUGGACUGGAGCAACUCAGAGAUGAGAAAGACCUGUAGAGUCAGACAGACAGAGAUUUAGGGGGAGAGAGGCAAAGACAGACAAAUCCAGGCAUACCAUAGACAUAUUUCAGGUUUGGUUCCAGACCACUGCAAUAAACCGAGUAUCACAAUAAAGCGAGUCAUACAAUUU